CAGGCUGGGCAACUGCUGAACUUGUCAUGACAAAAUUGCUGCCGUUAUGGGUUGGCGCUAGAGGUAUUGAAUUUGAUUGGAAAUACAUGCAAAUGAGUUUUGAUGCCAAUAUUGCAUUGGUGAGUUUACAGUAUACAGUAUAUUAAAAUAUAGUUGUGUAACUAAUGUGCACUGAUAAACAUGCAAAUAUACUUUUGUCCAAACUAUUAGUAUCUGUAACCAUUUAAUCCAUGAAGAUAUAUGUUGUUCCCACGCACUCGAAAUGUGUAUAUGCUCGACAUUAAGACCUGAAGGAGAUAUUCACGAUUUUAGCGGCAGCAAUAAUAUAAAUAUAGUGUGCAUAAAAAAAGUAAUCCAAAUUUAGAUAACAAGCUUUCGUUGGUAGAGAUGCAACUACCUGAAAAAUAUAAAGAGAAUUUCAAAUCCAAAUUUAGUGUGCUCUUGUGCCCUCAAUAUUAAGAGCACAGACUUUUUCCAUAUUAAUAAAAAUUCGGGUUUUAGCUUUCGAAUGACACCUUUCUUGUAUUAUUCCAAGUCCAAUUGGACCAAAUACGAUUAAAUAUUGCCGACCAAAAUCACAUUUUUCCACUUUUGUGCAUAAUUAAGGUGGCUCCCUAUUUUAUCGAAAUAUUGAAACUGCAUAAAUGAAUUAAGUCAACUCUUUGAAGAGAUGUUGUUUGCUGGAAAUCAAAAAUUGUGUACCAUAUAUACAGCAACAAUCAAGCACUUGGAAUUUGAUCACAAAAGUGACGUCACCACUGUUGCUAUGGUAACAAUGACGAUUCAAGAUGGCCUAUAUUUUGUCUUUUAACGCACUUUACUUAAAAAAACGCCUAGUUACCCCCAUUUUUUAUUUCGGAAAGCAUUUUCUUGUACUACAAUAAACUAUAUGACCAAAAAAAUGUUUGGUCAAUUGUGCUUGGAAUGAUACAAAAAAGGUGUCAUUGAAGAGCUACUCAAUUUGUUACUAAUAUGGAAAAAAACCAGAUCUGUGCAUUUAAUAUUGAUGGCACAAGAGCACGCUAAAAUUGGAUUAUCCUUUUUAAUACAUGCACCCUGUAUAAAACAUUUUUUCGGCACUGUCGUGAUUUCACCAUUUCUUUCAACGUAUUUUUAACUAUUUUUAAAAAUGUUGUUUCAUUUGAAUGAAUCUCUUAAUUCUUUAGCUAAUCAUUGUGACGCUAAUCCCGGACAGCAACAAAGUACUUUAGUCUCUAUGCAUCCAUUUUAUCCGAGAUUAAGUAUUAUACCAUCUAUAUAGCAAUGCUGGGCGUCUUUUUCUACGCCACACUUUUAGUAUACGCAGCCAAUGACCCAACAUGAAUGUAAUCUUAAGGUACAAUACUUCAUAUCAUUCCCACUCACACUCCUAAAAAAUUAUCCAUGUGUGACAUAAAGUAAUUUAUUUUAGUUAAUGAUGGUCAAAAUUGAAUUUCGAAGAUUACACUUAAUUUUUCGUUUUGCAUUUUCGUAAUAAUCGUGUCAUAUCUUUUUUUUUUGUUUCUUGUAGAUACAUCAUAUUGCAACGGCGACAUUAGUUUGGUUGUGGUCGAGGCAUGAUCUACAAAGGUCAUUCCUUCCAGUUUUAGGAACAUUUAUGGCUCUCUCUUGCUUCAAACCACUUAUCAUCGAGUGA